ACACGACGUGCUGAUGAUAUUAUUGUACACUGAUACACGACAUAGAUUCUAGAUCUAUUCUUGCGACCAUGGUUGGCGAGACCACCCCAAGGGAGCGCAGCCAUAAAGGAAAAAACUCUGGAAAUAAACAAGUUUCUGAAGAAGAUAAAAAGGCUUCAUCAGUCACCAAGGAGGCUGGUAAAGUAAAGAAAGGGGAUGAAGGAGGCAGUGGGGAUGCAGGUCACAACUUGACAGCAGCUACAAAACAAGCCAAGUUAAAAAAGAAAACAAAAACAGACAAAGAAAAAGGGAGUGGAGGAAAAGGAGUUUUGCAGUUUAUCGGCAGCAAAAUAAAAUACAUUUUUCUGAUCAUCUUUGUUCCCCCUUUUCUUAAUUACGCUUCCUUACAAAGGGAAACAAUUGAACUAAAACCAGAAGGUGAGCUGUAUGAUAUUGGUUGGGGUCAGAAACUGUUUUUAUCAUGUAAAGGAAAAGGUCCCCCAACAGUGGUGUUAGAUGCGCCUACAGGUCUAAGCUCUGAUGUUUGGGCACUGAUGGUAGAAAAAUUGUCAGAGCAUGCUAAUGUUUGUGUGUAUGACAGAGCUGGUUUAGGUUACAGUGAAAGACCUUUUAACAAAUCAGUACCUGAGCCUAACCCUAACAGUAAUUUGUACGCAAGCCAGGUGGAAAGUUGGAAUCCAUUUACAGUUGAAAGAAUGGUAGACGACUUACACAACCUGAUAUCAAGUAGCAGCCAACAGCCGCGUCCACUUAUCCUGGUUGGUGCUGAGCUUGGUGCUAUUGUGUCCCAGUUUUAUGCUCAUCUCUAUGAAAGUGAGAUCUUAGGACUAGUGUUGAUCAACCCACUGUCAGAGGAUCUGUUUCUGCAGCCUGAAGGAGCCUGGGUUCAACAUUGGUUUGGAAGUUUGAGUCCCACCUACCAAUCUCUUCAACUUGGGGCAGCUCUGGGCAUCACAAGGCUUGGCCUACUAUUGGGUGUCUUGAAGCAGCCAAUCACUGGGGAGUCUAUCCCUGAAGAUGUCAUUCUUAGACAGAAAUAUCUGUUGUGUCACCCACGCCAUCUUAGCUCAGUUGUAGAUGAGCAUCAUUUUAUUAAUGAAACAUUUUCCCAAAUGAGGACAAUGCGAAAAAUCAAAUCUCUAGCAUCCAACAUUUCUGUUUCGGUCUUGACUGGGAACUAUUACGAUGAACAAAUGCAAAGUCAUUUAAAUAAAGCGUGGGCAAAAGCUGAGCAAAGCUUGCUGUCAAAGUUCCCACCAAACGUGCAGCAUCUGGUCAUAAAUGGUGCAGAUCGGCAUAUGCUGUACAGGAAACCAACUCCCAUAAUAGAGGCCGUAUUAAAAAUUGUGCGCAAAUGGAAGAGAACUAAAAUUCUGAGUGCCAGUCAGUCAGCGUGAAGUGAACUAAAAAAUUUGAGUGCUAGCCAGAAUGAAGUGAAGAAUGGCAUUAUAAAUGAGUGUGCUCUGGAUUUUAAAUGCUGUAACUGAUGAUAGAUAGUUAAUGAGUAUGUUCAUUGAAUGCUGUAACUGUUGAUAGAUAGUUGAUGAGUAUGUUCAUUGAAUGCUGUAACUGUUGAUAGAUAGUUGAUGAGUAUGUUCAUUGAAUGCUGUAACUGUUGAUAGAUAGUUGAUGAGUAUGUUCAUUGAAUGCUGUAACUGUUGAUAGAUAGUUGAUGAAUAUGUUCAUUGAAUGCUGUAAUUGAUGAUAGUUGAUGAAUAUGUUCAUUGAAUGCUGUAACUGUUGAUAGAUAGUUGAUGAAUAUAUUCAUUGAAUGCUGUAGUUGAUGAUAGUUCAUGAAUAUGUUCAUGAGUGCUGGCUUGAUAUUUUAUGUAGCAUGUGUGAGCCUUAUUGAAUAGUCAGUUUAGUAUUGGAGCAUUGGAUAAUAGUCAUUUUUCUUUAAGAAUAUUUUCAUAAUGUGUUCACAUGGAGUACAAUGUGUGUAUGAUGAGAAUUUAAUGAGAGGAGUAAAAAAAAAUUGUUAAACAAAAUAAAUGGAGUGAU